GUGCACAUAAUUAUCAUAUAGAAAAGACAGAAGUUGGACUUCUUAUAUGCCAUUAAUCCGUUUCUAGCUAUGACAAAAUGGAACUCGAUAAGUGCCUUGGAAUGGGAACGGGAAUGGGAGAAACUUGCAGGUUUCAGUCCCAAGGCAAUUGAUAUUCUCAAACAGGGGCAACCAUCAAAUUCUGAUAUUGAAGGAGUUGGAGGAAUUGAUAAUGGAUCAGUAUAUUCUUGUGGAGGAGAUGGUGGUUUCUCAAGUUGUGAAUUGGGGCAUGCAUCUUCUUCAAAGAGCUCUUUCUGGGCUUCAGCUUUUGGUGAAUUUCGAAACGGAUUUAUUGUGAAAAAAGAUGUGACCUGCGGAGUGGACAUUUCUGGGAAUGUUGCUUGCUUGGGGGCUUCUCAGAGCUAUGGUGAGCCAAAACCAACAAUUGGAUUGAAACUCGGUAAACGAACUUAUUAUGAACGAUUCUGUGCAGCCAGUUCUGCGAACGCACCAUCCAUAUCUGUGGCCCCUAAAAGGAGAUCGUCUAGAGCAUCAUAUCAAACUGCACACACCCCUCAUUGCCAAGUUCAAGGUUGCAACCUUGACCUCAAGUUGGCCAAAGAUUAUCAUCGAAGGCAUAGAAUCUGCGAAAUACAUUCCAAAAGCCCAAAGGUCAUUGUUGCUGGUAUGGAACGCCGGUUUUGCCAACAGUGCAGCAGGUUCCAUGAGUUAUCAGAGUUUGAUGGCAAGAAGAGAAGCUGUCGCCGGCGUCUCUCUGAUCACAACGCACGGCGGCGGCGAAGGCCACAGCCAGAGACUAUCCAGAUCGAUUGUUCUUCAAGGCUGUAUUCAUCAUUACUAUAUGAUAGGAGACAGCAGAGGAAUCUUGUAGCGAACUGGGUGCCAUCCUCAACUGCAAAUCCAACAUGGCAAAGUUCAUGCAGCUUCAAGGCCAAACAAGGUGGAAAGGACGGCUCUGAUAGGCUGCAUGAUUUUCCUACCAGUACCGGAGAGAUGGUAAAUGCCCCUUCUUCUAUUGUAGUAACAGACCCUCGUACUAUUGAAGGCUUGGGGACAUCUGCAUUUUAUCCUGGCUUGGAUGGGGCACCAGAUUUUGGGUGUGCUCUCUCUCUUCUGUCGACCGAUAAUGAUAAUACUUUGGGUUUGAACUACUCUGAAACAAAUAGCAGUGUGGAGAUGCAGCUGAUGCAAGUUAACCAAUCAAGUAGUGGUAGUAGCAGUAGUGGUGGUGGUGCAGUGCAGGCAGAGGCAUCAAUGGUGCACUACUCUUUGAAAAAUUUCCUGAAUGAUAUGAUCAAUAAUUUUAGUAUUAUUCCACUCCAGGAGUUUCAGUUGCUUAGUGAGCCUAGCUGCCUGCAGCUUUUAUUCCAAUCGGAUCACUAGUACUACUGCUGAGGCAGCUGCAAGUUGGAAGUCAACGUCAGUGGCUCCACAUCCCUUUCUUUUACUAAUACGCAAUUAAAUUAUAUUAAUUAAUUGUUUUUGCUCGUCAUAAACUGAUCAGCAUAUAUUAAUAAUAUAUAAUAAUAAGAA